GAGUCUCCACAGCACAUGGUUGUCUGUCUUCUUAGGAUUUAUCUUUUAAAUCAUCACCUGACAUCGUCUUCUACCGCUGUGUUAUCGUACAUGGUUGUAUCCUAUGUCGAAACUCAACAUCUUAUGAUGCCCACAUUUUUAAAAUGGUCGAUUUAAAACGAUCUCGUCGCUGUUUUUUAAUCGCCCAUGUGCGUGUUAGCUGACGGUGGCUAGCAGCGUUAGCAGCGUAGCUUUUUUUGUACGUGACUUCGAGCGAUAUUUAACCGUAUAGUUCAAGUAAAGUCAAAUAAUGAAAUGUAAUAUAUAUGUGCUGAAAUGUAUAGUGUUGUUAGUAUGGCUAGGCCGCAGCCGGUUGUGCCAAUGACUUCAUUUUUUCGGCAUGUUAGCAUAGCAUGCUAGCCAGAUUGCAAGAGCUUCCGGGAAGAGGCUGUUUCGUGCUGUCACGUGACCUUGUUUUUAUGAAUGAGGACCAGAGGACCGACACUGCGUCACACACACCAACAAACAGAGGCAGAGCGAAAUAUAAAAGAGAAGUUAGAGUUUUCUGACCUACGACGGCGGCUUGUUUUGAAAUAGGCUAGCCCUCCGUGGUGAACUUAGCUGCCCCGAAGACUAACUCCAGAGUGUCGGACCGCACCCUGUCAGCGUCCCGACUGGUGAGGGGUCACAUUACUGGCAAAGUACUAUGGACAAACAUCAGUGACGGGCAAAAGGGCUGGAGAAGCGCCUGACACACGGCAAAGCACCAAGGCGAUUAAUGCUUGACAAGCUCACCGGAGCUUUUGUCAGCAUGUGACUGAUGAGAUGCAGCCAGAGAAGAGGGAAAAUAUCUACCUCAUUUGCACUCAGGGUUCAUGGCUCCUGGGACCAGUUGACAGACAUCUAGCCAAACGCAUUGCGAACAGGAGAGAUGACCUGUGGCAACCUGCUGCUCAAAAACCUGCUGCUUUUGUCCCUGAUCUCUUCGGUCUGUGGAACAUUUGAAGUGAAUGCGGCACAGACCUCCUAUCAGGCAGAGGAGAACGAGGACAUCACACUGGAAUUUAUGUUCACAACCAAAGCUGACACUUCCCCUGACCGGUUCGAAAUCUAUUGUGAACUGUUAGCUGACAACGAGCACGUAGUCGUGUUUCAUCUGUAUGAAGGUGAAGAGUUCCUCUGGUCUCAGAAUAAACAGUUUGCAGGACGAGUCCAAUACGACAAACACCUCCUCAGAGAAGGACGACUCAUACUGAACGUGUCCAGACUCAGAACUCGUGACUCUGGCCGGUACCUGUGUACAGUAGUCACAAGUUAUGGGAGCAGCACUGGGAGAUGCUCGCUCAAUGUCACUGCAGCGAGGCAUUUUCUUGAACCUGAGACACCGAGCACAAGUCGACCACAACCAGCGACUCGGGGAAGGUACGGCCUCUACGGGGCACUGGGACUGGCAGGAGUAGCUCUACUGUUUGUUUGUUUCCGUUUAUACAGGCAAUCGUGGUUGAUUGAAAAGAUUCAAUCAGCCACUCCAAACCAACAAGAUUUGCCGGAAGACUGUGAAAACCAUUCAAACAUUUGCACUAUGCCUGAAGAACAAGAAUUAGUCAUUGUCGCUCUGCAGGAAGACAAUUCAAUCAUUCGCACGCUGCCUAAAGAUCAAGAUUCCCACUCAGAGGAAAGUUACAGUUCAGGGUAUGGAGGGGGAGAAACAGAUUCACAAACUUAAAAUUUGUGCACACCAAGAAAACCAGUUAUUAUGGCAGGGCUUGGUAUCGUCACUGAUUUCCUGAAUUGAUUUGAUUUUGAUUUUUCGAUUGGGUGGGCAAUGCCGAAAAAUUUCACACCUUUAUUUUGUUCGGUUCAUUUUCACAGUUGCACUUUUUAAAGCAAACCAAACUGCCUGCACACUGUCAUGCAGUAUUGCCCGAAACAACCACUGACCAGGAAGAAAAAAAGCAUGAGGAAGAAAAAAACACGGCUCAUCGAUUGGCCAGGACCGAAAUCGGAAAUCCAUCCCUUUCAGCCCACAGAUAGCAACUGCGUUAUAGUCCUCUGACCAUAUAUCAAUAAGCGCCUCCUCACUACUCCACAUCUGCCCACGAGACAUGUUCCAUCUUUUUCUUUUGUUACCUCUGCUUCUCCCUGUUCGCGCUGUUGGUUUUGGGUUUUUUUCUACCCAAAAUGCA